CUCCCUCACGUAAUAGCCGACACCGACGCUCCCGCAAUUGACAUCACUCUCCCACUCACACCUUUGCCCUUUGUCAACCUCAAUCAAUUGAUCUUUCCUCCAAAGAAACACGGAAAAAAUGUCUUCUACUCUCCUCAGAACCGCCCCCGUCCUCCGCACCGCUCUGCGAGCCGGUGCCGGUGCCGCAAAGCCUGCCGCUGCCAUGGCCAGCACGAGCUUUGUCCGGGGCAAGGCUACUCUGCCCGACAUCUCUUACGACUACGGCGCCCUCGAGCCCUACAUCUCGGCCCAGAUCAUGGAGCUCCACCACUCCAAGCACCACCAGACCUACGUCAACGGCCUCAACACCGCUCUCGAGACUGUCGAGGACGCUAAGGCCAAGGGCGAUUUCACCAAGGCUGCCGCUCAGGCUCCUCUGAUCAACUUCCAUGGUGGUGGCCACGUCAACCACUCCCUCUUCUGGGAGAACCUGGCCCCCGCCAGCAGAGACGGUGGUGGUGAGCCUGACGGUAAACUGGCUCAAGCCAUCAAGGAGGACUUCGGCUCCUUCGACACCCUGCGCAAGCAGAUCAACACCUCCCUGGCCGGCAUCCAGGGCAGCGGCUGGGCCUGGCUGGUCAAGGACAAGACCAGCGGCACCCUCGGCGUCGUCACCCGCGCGAACCAGGACCCCGUCACCGGCAACCUCGAGCCCCUGCUGGGCAUCGACGCCUGGGAGCACGCCUACUACCUGCAGUACCAGAACCGCAAGGCCGAGUACUUCGACGCCAUCUGGAACGUUGUCAACUGGAAGACUGUUGCCAAGCGCUUUGAGAAAUAGGCCACCGAUGCACGCACAUGUACGAUAGCAAUUGUUGAUACCUAGCAGGAAUUGAAAGCGUUAAAUCACACGAAAAGCACAUUUUGG